UCCUCCGCCUGGCUCGGUUCCGACCACCACCGUGCCUCUCACCUUCUUUGACAUCCACUGGCUCGGUUCUUUCCCCAUGCAACGCCUCUUCUUCUUUGAUUUCCCUUACCCUACCUUGCAUUUCACUCAAACCGUUCUUCCUAGUCUCAAAACCUCCCUCUCCCACACCCUACAGCAUUUCUUCCCUUUUGCUGGGUAUCUCGUGCUCCCUCCACGUCCUCAACAGCCCUAUAUCCUCUACAAAGAGGGGGACUCUGUUCCCUUUGUUGUUGCGGAAUCCAUGGCUAACUUCAACCAUCUUGCAGGCAACCAUGCUCGAACAAUCGGAGAAUUUCAACAGCUGCUAGUGACGAGGUUACCACGGGUUCUGGUAAUGGGUGGAUGCAAACAGCAAAAUGCCAUGGCCGUUCGAGUCACUGUGUUUCCGAACUCGGGCGUCUCCAUAGGCAUAACGUUCAGCCACGCGGUUGCAGAUGGCAGAGCAUUUGCCCAUUUCAUGAAAUCAUGGGCCUCGAUUUACAGGGCGCAAGGGGACUUGACUUCUCUAAACGGUUCCCUUCCGAUCUACAACAGGGAUUUGAUCGGAGACCCUGGUGGGCUUGCUUCCAUAUUCAUGAAGGACGUCUGGGAUUGGGAGGGUUUGAGCAGCAUUUCCCUGCAGCAACUUCGGAUUACCAAGGUAAUUAGCCGAUCCCAAAUCGAGAUAUUAAAGAAUUGGGUCCGAAAUAAGAACGCUACAGAGAGUCAACCAGAGCAACUAAGACUAUCCUCAUUCAUCGUGACUUGUGCUUACAUGUGGGUCUGUUUGAUCAGAUCAGAGGAAAGGGAAAUUGGCGACGAUGAGCUUUACCACUUGGUUUUCAUGGCAGAUUGUAGAGACCGCCUGAAAUUAGCCGCAACAUACUUUGGAAACUGCCUGGAAAUUCGUUUCGCAGAAGCGAAGAGGAAAGAGCUGGUGGGGGAAAAUGGGGUUUUGGCGGCAGCAAUGGCUAUUGGAAGAGAAGUAUCCGAACUGGAUAAAGGAGUGCUGGGAGGGGCGGAGAAGUGGCUGUCAAGGGCGAAGGAAGUAUUCCAGUCUGGUGUCCACACUGUUUCAGUUGCAGGGUCACCAAAAUUGCGUGUGUACGAAACGGACUUCGGAUGGGGGAGGCCAAAGAAGACAGAGGUGGCUCACCUUGGUUCUUAUGGAGCAAUGUCGAUUUCAGAGAGUGGAGGUGAAGAAGGAGGAGUUGAGUUUGGACUGGCUCUUUCUCAGGACGAGUUGGAGAAAUUCAAUGUUGCUUUUAAGCAAGGCUGGUUGGGGCUAAGGUGAACGACAGUGAGUAAAGCUCUUGAAUCAGAAAAAAAAGAGCCUGGUCCUGGAGAAUAAAGCAAUGAAAUUAAUUUAUUUGUUUGGCGACGGUACGCACAACAGGGCAGGAAGGUAAUGAAACAAUCAUAAUCUCCGAGGACAACCCCAGUUAAGCUCAGGGACUGCAUUGAAGAGCUCCUGAAGUUCACUCUCCACUCUCAAUUAAACGGAACGCUGAUCUUGGGCUCUCCAAAGAUUUCUGCUUUUCUCUUCUCAAAGACGAAUCAAGUGACCCCAUCACCAGUUAAGAAGCGAAGAAAAUCAGUGAGAAUAAUCGUCUAGGCUUGCAAUUUACUGUGCCUAUUGAACUGUCUGGGUUUUCAUAUGUUUCUAAUGAAAGUGUGAAACUUGAUUCAAGAUAUAGUUUGAUUUGGUCAAGAAAUUAAAUGGAAACAAUUAGAAGGCAUAACUCCCCUGACAUAUUGUUUAAGUGAAUGAUUCAGAUUCUUCAGGAGCCCCUGAAUCUCCUCUAUGCAGUAAACUAGCUUCAGAUAUAGUUAUGCAAUUUUAUGUUAUGUUACAUAUCCCUUCCUGAAACUUCUUUGCAUUUAUUUUUUACCUUUUUGGUAUAUUGGGUUAACAUUGCAAGGUUUGGACUGUUGAU